UCCAGAUUACCUAUGCGAACUAUACUCUUGUACAUCACAAGUUUCAAUCCCGUUUCAAGGAUGAUGUGUAAUCCCGCGAGAAAAAAAGAAGCUAAACCUUAAUUCAGGUUUCUUUGAGAUUUAAACCAUCAGCUUUGUUAUUGACUUAUUGCUACAAAAUGGUACAUUCGUCUACACGGCUACUUGGAAGAAGUGGACGUCAUCGUGUGUUAGUCUCACUCACUCAAUGAUAUCUUCUUCUUUUUUUACUCAAUGAUAUCUAUUCUUUUUUUUUCUGAAACACCAAUGACAUCUAUUCAUCCUUCAUUUAUUCCUCUCAAACAUAUAAAUUUUUAAAAAUAACCAAAAAGAUAAAAGAUAAACGUACUUUAGUAAUAUACAUAAUCAAAUGAAUGUUUUGGAAAUUUCUUUAUAAAUUAUGUCAGAAAUCGGAAUGUUCAAAAAAACUAAUCAAUAUGCAUGAGACCAUAGGUUGUAUUCCUCGAACAUCUUUUAGCAUCCAGCACGGAACCAUUUUUAAGGAUACCGAGAUCAAUUGACACCAGAAAAAUAAUAUAAAUCAGAUUUUUAAGUUGUUUAAAUUUGUGUCUCUAUCUUUACAUUGCUUUGCUCUUGAUUUACUUAAAAAGGACCGCACAUCACUUGUUCGAUGUUGUUUUUAUCCAUGUAAUCGGUUAAGAUAUGAAUAAAAAACAUUGGUUGCACAAGAAAAAAGUUGUUUCAUUAAUCGACAGAGUGCCAUAUUUGGUUGAAAAGUGUAGUAAUGAACUCCCAAAUCUGUGUUUGAUAUUUACGUACAUGAUUAAAUAUCCCAUAAAAUUCUAAAAGUCUGAUGAAAGAGUUUACAUUUUACACAAAACCAAACCGAAUUGGUAGGGAUCGUUUUAGCCUAAUUAAUACAACAUAGAGCCAUAGAGUCAGUCAUAGAGCUAAACUAUGAUGAUUUUCAGUCUUUCCAAUUUCGGACCUUCUGAAUGAGACAGAGACUUCAAACGAUCGGUGAAAACGGCAAAACGUCUCUCUCUCUCUCUCUCUCUCGGCAUGUGCGUAGGGUUUAAACUCUCAAAACCAAAAACCUCUCCUUUCCUCUCUGCUCCGUCCCAAUCAUGCGAAGAUUCAAUUCGGUUCUCCGGAGUUUACAGGCGCGACGAACAUUUGACUCCACGCUCGGAUUGCGACCAGGGUCUCAGAAGCCCUUCUUGUUCGAGCGUUACAUUCACUCUACAGGAAUAUCUUUCUCCAGUGCUCGUAACUACUAUGAUGUUCUUGGUGUUUCUCCUAAAGCUACCCGGGACGAGAUUAAAAAGUCAUUCCAUGAGCUUGCAAAAAAGUUCCACCCUGAUACAAAUAGAAAUAAUCCUUCCGCGAAAAAGAAGUUCCAGGAGAUAAGAGAGGCCUAUGAGACUCUGGGAAAUUCUGAAAGAAGAGAAGAAUACGAUAAGGUGCGUUAUCGGAAUUCAGAAUAUGUAAAUAAUGACGGUAGUGGUGCAGAGAGGUUCAGACGUGCAUACCAGUCCAAUUUCUCCGACUCGUUCCACAAGAUUUUUUCUGAGAUAUUUGAAGACCAAUCUAAUCCGCCUUCACCUGAUAUUCGGGUGGAACUGACGCUCUCUCUUUACGAAUCUCUAAAAGGGUGCACAAAGCGUUUAGAAUUUGAUGCGUAUGUCUUUUGCGAUUCCUGUGAUGGGCUUGGCCACAGUCUUGAUGCUGCCACGAGAGUUUGUCCAACAUGCAGGGGCCUUGGACGAGUAACUAUUCCUCCUUUUACAGCACAAUGCCAGACGUGCAAGGGGUCGGGGCACAUUGUUAAGGAGCACUGCAUGUCUUGUAGGGGAUCCGGGGUCGUGGAAGCCACAAAGACGGUUGAAGUUGUGAUUCCUGGGGGGAUGGAGUCCGGCGCUACGGUCACAAUCGAAGAUGCUGGUCAUGUAAGAUCAAGAACAAGUCGACCUGGAAAGUUGUAUAUCAAAUUUAAGGUUGCCAAUGAUUCGACAUUCUCCAGAGAUGGCUCAGAUAUUUAUGUGGAUGCUAAUAUUAGCUUUACACAAGCCAUUUUGGGAGGCAAAGUUGUGGUGCCAACACUUUCAGGCAAGACAGAGAUAGAUAUACCAAAGGGGGCUCAGCCUGGCGAACUUCUUAUUUUAAGAGGCAAAGGACUACCGAAACAAGGAUUUUUUGUAGAUCAUGGAGAUCAGUAUGUGCGACUCCGUGUUAGCGUUCCUACUGAACUUAACGAACGUCAGCGCGCCAUACUGGAAGAGUUUGCAAAGGAAGAAAUCAACAGUGAGUUGAGUGGUUCUGCUGAAGGAAGCUGAAUCAUGAAAAUGAACAAACAGGCUUUACCAGAAGCUCUCUACUGGUUAAACUUACAGGUGGGAUAGGAUGGGUCCUCGAAUCAUACGCGAUUUCUCCUUAGUGGUGCUGCUGGCGAUAUUGUUGAGGAAAUUAAUGGGAUGAAACCACCAACCACAAGAGAUGAAAGCUAAAAGCAAUCAGCAGAAUAUAGCACAAGAACAAAAACAGUUCAAUAGCAUAACAGAAGGGUCAUAAUUUGACCUCAUAUUCUAUCACAAACUCAUUUGAUGUGAUAAUGAAAGAGAAAAGCCUUGUGUUUUUUUUGCAUAGUUUCAAGUUGUAAACGUCCUCUAAUCUUAUAACAGGGAUGAAAUAAAAUAAUAAAUGAUGCUUUACGA